CAGAGUGCAGCACACUGCAGUCUCCAUCACUCCUCCUCUCCUCCUCCUCCUCUUCCUCCCUGCGCUCCCCUGGCAGGUGGAAAGGACACGCACACGGGGCCGGGACAAUGGCUUUCAUCUCAGUCUUUGCGGCUGUGCUGGCCUUAGCGCUCUCUGCUGAGGGAAGUGUUGGGCCGAGCUCCAACACCAGCUUUUGCACAGAGUCGAAGGAAUGUCUGGAGUAUGAGCUGGUCUGCAAAACAGACGAAUAUGAGGUCCGACACUACAGCCCCACUCGCUGGGUGUCGACUGAUGCUGAGGCUUAUUUCAUGGGCGUAGGAGCAGCCAUGGCCUUCAGGAGACUUUUCCAGUACAUCACCGGAGCCAAUGAGGGAGGCGUCCAGAUGGAGAUGACCGCCCCCGUCCUGGUGAAGAUCCCAGAGGAGACCAAGAUGUGGGAGCCGGCUGUUUACACGCUCAACUUCCCGCUGCCGUCAGCCUAUCAGGAGAAGCCACCCACACCGACCAAUGACAAGCUGUAUUUCACUGAGAUGCCAGAGAUGGACGUGUACGUGAGGAGUUAUGGAGGCUGGAUGCUGUCAGUCACCUCCAGGCUUCACGCUCAUCUGCUCACCAAAGAGCUGGAGAGAGUCCGAGCUCCGUACAACCAUAGCUUCCACUAUGGAGUCGGAUAUGACAGUCCUUUGAAGCUGUUGAACAGACACAAUGAGGUGUGGUACGUGGCAGAGGGUGAGCCCGUCUGCAGUGAUCCACAGGAGCCGACUCCCCCACACACACUCAGGCCGACCCUCACCCACUCCCCUGCCAACUUGGCCUCUGACCCUCUCCCACAGACCCUCUCUGACUCCCCUGCGCUCACCCUCUCCAACCUUUCCUCCAACAUCUCCUUCACAUCCAACACCUCCUCUCAGACGCCCUCCGAGUCCCCUGCUCUCCCCACAUCCAACGCUCCACCCAGCCCUUCAUCCAACCUGCCCGCCAACGCCCCAUACAGCCACCCGCCCACCUCCACCCAGAUCCUCCUCGACCUGACAAACAACUCCUCCGAUGUGGUCUCCGUGAGCCCGUCUCUGGAGCCACAGUCCGACACUGCCAUGUGGAACAGCACGGCCCACAGCUCUGUGGACACACAAGCCGACAGCAACCCUGUGGUGGAACCAGAAGACGCUCAUUAGCAUUAACAUUAGCAGGCAAGUUUAUUUGAGCAGCUACUGCAGGUAUAUUCACAUGCAAUCUAAAUAGGGAAGUCAGCAGUGUGGCUGUGCGUGAUAGAAGGAGAAAGCUGCUCUAUUAUUCCACAUCUCUGUUUCCAUGUAUCACUCUUUAUAAAUGUUUAAAUCCAUGUUCUGUCACAGCUUUGCACCUGCAGCUUCCUGUUAGCAAACCCACACCAGUCCACUGUGUCUCUCUGAACUAAUCACAGCUUUCAUUGUAGCAUAAAGUACCAUGUAUGUAUCAGUUAGAGUUAGGAUUCAAGGUUAGGGGUGGAAAUCAAGUUUUACUACAGCUCAGCAUUUUACUGACAACAUUACAACAUAGUCGCUGCAAUUACAAAGUCUACAAAGACGUUUCAUAGGCCUGUGAACAAUGUACCAUAUCUUUAACCUAUCUGUUAGGCUUAGUGUUGUACUGAUGGAUCAUGUGAGCCUUUAUCAGGUCAGCUGACAAACAUCAACAUUAAUAGACUAUUUGCAAAUAAUAUGGCAUGCACCAAAGUCAGUAGAAACAUGUAUCUGUUGUGUUGCAUUCGUUUACUGGUAAAUAGGAGAGCUAGUUUAGCUAGGUGUUGGUUUAAUGAAACUGCUCAGAAGAAGACAUGUUGGACGAACUUUGAUUUGUUUUCAAGCUAAAAUGUGAAAGAAAAUGUAGACAGCAUGGAAGUCUGAGAGUUUAUAAGACAUGAUCCAGUGAAGUUUUAGUUUCUCCCACUUAUCUGGGAUCAGGAGGACCUGAUGAUUGUGAAACCUAAGCCUUGUCUGCGAACAGGAAGUAGUUUUCACCAAGAAAUUACAUCUGCAUAUGAGGACAAGAGGCUUAUAAACUGUACACCACACAAAAACGUAUGUAUUUAUUUAUUUUAAUACAUUUCAAGUAUGUCUGCCAGUUGGUAGGGUGCUGUUCAGUCUGUAGGAAGAGUCGUCAGUCAUUCAGAGAUGUAUUGUCUAGUUCUUUUUCUGACGAUGGACCACAAGAACCUGUCAAGGCUGUGUAUAUGACCUAAAUUUACACUUAAAGUUCUAGAGAUCCUGUAAAAUCCCCUGUAAAAACCACAAGAGAUUCCCAAAACUUUAAAAAAAUCCCUUUUAAUCUCAAAAACUUUAGUGAAAAUUCAAAAGUCCCUUAAAAAUACACCAAAAUGUUCCCUGAAUGUUUCAGUAGGCUUUUCUGCAUAAAGCCUAAAGAUAUGCAUAGUAUUUUUUUAACCAAAAAAAUCCACUAAAUUCCUGACAAAUUUCAAAAUUCUUUACCCAAAUCUCCAAGCAAAUUCCCCCAAAAUAAAAAAUAUAUUCUUCUUUUUACCAUAAAAGUACUGAAAUUUAAAAAGCAAACAAACAAAAAACAAUAAACUUGAAAUCAAACUCGUCAAAAUAUUUCACAUAUCACAUAACAUAUCCCAAGUAUUUUCAAGAAAAUUCCUUAUAAUAUUAAUAAUAAUAAAAUUCUCCAAAAUUUCAACUCAAAUUCAUGAAAAAUACACACUUCUCCCAAAUUCCAUGAAAUUUCCAAACAAGUUCUUCCAAAAACCCAGAGAAAUCCCCUAAAAAUUCCAUGAAAUUUCAGAAAGAUUUUGAAGGAAAUUCCCUAUCCAAAUCUCCAAACAAAUUUCCCAAAAAUUACGAAUAAGUUCUUCAGUUUCCAACAAAAACCUUUAAAUCAAAAUAAUCAAAAUAUUCAAACAUAUCCCCAAACAUUUUCAAGAAUUCUGGAUAAUUUUCGAGCAAUUGUAAGCAAUUCUCCAAAAAUGUCUAAUUAAAUUCACACACACAAAAAAAAAUACAAAUAAAUCUCCCCCAAAUUCCAUGAAAUUUCCAAUCAAGUCCUUCCAAAAAUCCAACGAAUUUCCCUAAAAAAUUCUAUAAAAUUUGGGAACAUUUUGAAGGAUAGUCUCCACUCAAAUCUCUAGACAUAUCCCCAAAACUCUACAGAUAAAUUCCUCAAAUUCCCACUAAAGUACUGAAAUGUAAAAAAAAAAAAAAAAAAAAACUCAAACAUGUCCCCAAAAAUUUUCCUUACAUUUUAAAGCAAAUUCUCCAGACAUUCCAAGCAAAUUACUUAAACUUUUAUUGUAAUUCUGGUCCAGUUUCUCUAAAAUUCUAAUAGAAGAGAGAAUGUAUUGCUAUGUUGUUGGAAAGUAAAAAUAUAACAGCGUCCUCAUAUGUGCACGCAGGGUCUCAGGACUUUAAAGCUGAGGCAGUUCUGAUGACAAUGUCAAACAUCUAAUCAGGCUCACAACCAGGAGGGUUUGGAGGAUGUGAAAGAAUCUCACAGCCAAGGGUCCAGAAUGGAGGUUAGGUUGUUUAUUGAUUUUAAAAAUAAAUGUCCACAUUUCAAUAUCGACAGCAGAAAACAUUAAAUUAACUCAGCAAAAUAAAAACUCUGCACCAGUGGUCAGCAACCUUUUUCAACUAAAGCUCCCUAUGAUUACAGACAUGACUUUAUUUGACCUAUAUUUAAGCACAUAGAUUCAGUCUGUUCUUUAAAAUGUCAUUUUAAUUCUAUUCUUAUUAAACGUUUACAUGUAUUUAUAUGUUCACACAAACUUCAGAACUUCUGCAAGAAAUGAAAACAUUAAAACCUUUCUAAAAACUUUAAAAGUCACAAACAAAAAGGGAGGAGGGAAAAGUCAGUUGAAGAUGAAAGUGUGCAUUUAAGGUUUACUCAGAGUGUCUCAGUGGUGACCCCCAUGCUCUAAACCAAACAGAAUGAUCAUCUUAUGAAAGCACCACUUCAGUGAUUCUGCCUCCAUUCAUUAAUUUGUGCAUGUGGCACAGCGUAGAGCAAAGCUGCUCGUAGGAGACUGUGCAGUAGAGCGCCUCUAUGGUGUCUGCUCUGUAGCACAUUUAGUUUGUUCUGUGAAUUAGACGGCGUCUUUGACUCAUAUGUAAAGUUCCAGCAGGUGUAAAGCUGCGCAAUCUUUUUGUGAAUCAGCUCUUGGCUUUUACAACGCGUCGUGUUAUUAGACUAAACAUUAAUCUUCCCUUCCAUGUGGUGUGAUUUUUUUGACCCUCUAUUUGCAACCUUCUGACAACCUGAUCCUGCAGGAUUUGCAGUGUGCUUCAAUGCAGGGGGGAGAACCUGCAGAAAAUAGUCCCUUUAAAAUAAAAAAGUUCCCCAAACCUGUUAUCACACCUCUCGAAUGUUAAAACAGCAGUAAGGAAGACAAAUCCACAUCUGAAUCUAACUGGCUGCAAGUUUUACUUCAAAAAUCUGUAUCAGUCCUGAUUUUCACAAUUUUUUCAUCUCUAAAUAUAUUUAAUAGAUAUAUAUAAUCAUAUAUAGUC